AGGGCGCACGCUACACACACACGCAAGUUGUGAGUCGGAAUCUGGAUGUUUUGUGAUCUGAUCGCAAAUUCGCACGCGUCGUCAAAUUAACUCUGCCGAAUUUUUUGUUCCGCGAAGUGUAGUGUAAUUGUAGUUGUGACGGCGCAUAGUACAAAAUAUUUCAGCCGUUGUGCAUAGCCAGCAUUGGUGCGGAAAAAAACAAAGCAAUGUUUUAACUCACUGCUGCUGCUGGUGCUCUUCGCAUCGUUCGGGCGUGUGUGUGUGCUGCUGUGGAAAGGCGCUAAACCCACACCAGCAAUCGCUGUCGCUGCGUGCAUUUACUGUUUCUGUGAUACUUUGGGUCUGUUUGCAAAAGUGCGUAAUAUUGCUUAAUAAUACGAAUGCAUGACUGACGAUCUGCCUCCAAUCACAUUGAACCGCAAAGAACUGAGCAAAUACCACCGCCUUAAGCGCAAAUAUCCCGUGUCGCGGGCCUUUCUACACCACAACUGGUGGAAUGCCAAACGCUUCAUUAUCUACGCCCUCAGACCCCGUUGCGUCCUGAGGACCUAUGCCUGGCGGUAUGUGCGCAGCCAUCGCGUACGCCUCUUGCGACGCGUCCGCAUCCUGCUCUUCGAUCCGCGGCUGAAGCGGAUGAUCAAGCGUCGUCAGAGGAACGUGCGCCAGUGGUCCAGCAGUCUCGUCAGUCACUACAAAAAGAUGGGUCGAAUCGAGGAGUACGAGGAGACGGAGCUAUACACUGUGCCAGAGCCGCUCGCUGCCGAAGAGGUUUCUAAGCAGAUGAAGGAGCAAUUGGAAUUACUCAAAAGCGGCAAGCGGCCACUGGCAUUUAUGGAGGAUGCCAAUCGUAACGUGGAGGUCCGCAAUGAAAAUCCAGCCAAGACAGACACUGAGAAAACCAUAGAGAAAGAGUCUGAAACCACGGUUGCCAUGGAAUCCGACCUCUCUAGCUCUAAGGUCACGGUCCUGGCGGAAAAGGCAGAUGAGACAGAAAUUGAGGUCGCCAAAGACACCGCCGAGGAAGAAUCGAAAGGCCCUGAGCCCAUGGAAACCGACUUCGCCAACUCAAAGGCGGCGGCUGAAAGGACGCCUAAGAAGACAUAUGCUCAAACCGCUGCCCAGGAUGAAGCACCAACCCCUCCCACACCGAGCAAGGAGCAUAGCAGCCAGACCAGCACGUGCUCCAGCGCCGAGAAACCGGGAAAGUCGGAGAAAGCAGGGGGCAGCAAGUUCCUGGACAUGCUCAUCAGCAAGGUGCGCGUGAAAACCUUUGCGCGCGAGGAUAACAUACCAUCCGAGACCAGUGGGUCAACCUUGCCCGUCGUCUUCGAGGACGAUGGCAGUGAUGAUUUUGUUGGCUUCGACGAAAGCGUCCAUCAGCCUGGAAUGUUGCUCACGCCGCUAGUACCACAGAACUGCAAGACAUUGGAUAGGAAUUCAGCCUUCGUGAGUGACACCCUAGACGCCUUUAUGCGGGAGCAUUAUACCAAUGAGUCUGGGCAUGAGGAGAAGGACAAGCUGCUGGAACCGAUGGGUCAUGACGGGCAGGUGACAUCGCAUAGCAUGGCGCCGCCUAUGGACAUGCCCGCCGUCCCGGAGGCUCUCCAACGCUUGCGAACCGUUGCCGAGCGGCGACAGUACCUUCAGCGUUGCAAGAACCAGAAGAUGGCCAUCAUUAACAACGAGGCCAACAUAUACAAGGAGCUACAGCGCAAGCAGCGGCAGCGCAAGGUGAAGAUUGGCGCCAUGCAGGCGCUGCAGGCGCCCGACUCCCAAAUGCCCUUCACCCGUCAGGGCUGGCAGGCUGCUAGUUAUGUGGCUACCGAGAAUUCCAAGUACUACUAUCAGGUGAUGCAGGUGGACGGGGAGAUGGUUCGUUUGCCCGGCGCUCGGGGCAACAAUCAGCAUCGCGAGAAGAGCCCCUACUUCAGCAGUCUUACGCCACAAGAGCGGGCCAGCAUAAAAUGCAGUGACCAGUGUUUGGAUGCUCGCAUCUGUGACGAGUUGACGGUGAUUCCAACGAAAGCGCCCUCACCGAGGAAUCCUAAAAUCCUUAAUCAGUUUCCCCUGCCCGCCAUUUUUCGUCCCUGCCCGCUAUCCAAAAAACCGCUGCAGAGGCCGCUGGACGACGACACGGCCGCUCUGCUGCUCGCCGGCGGAAGCAUGGCAGUUGUGAGUAUGCCGAACGUACAGCUUGACGUGAUGCCGGAAGUGGGCCGGCCUCUGGACGAGAUUGCCAAACGGUAUCUUCAGCAUAUUCUGCCACAUCACGAUAUCACACGGGAAUGGGCAGAGUUUAGUGUGUCCACGUUGCAACAGCCGCCCGCCUGCAUGAAGGAUGCUGAAGAACAGGCUGCUCUGACGCCAGCAGGUCGUCGGAAGAGCUUCACGUUUGUUAUUCCAUACCUGAACGACCGGAAUCACAUACUGGUGCGUCGAGUUGUGGAUCGAUCCGAAGAGCUCGAUGCUAGCUUCAACGAGUUGCCCGAGAAACUGCAAGAAUUCACUUUCCGGCAAAAGCUGCCGCUUGAAGCAGAUUCCGAUCUUCUGGCCUGUGCCGAUAUGAUCAACGACAUGAUCAACACGGUGGCCAUCAGCUGCAGCGAGAACAGCUUUAUAAGCGAGGAUCCCGAUGCGGCGAUUGAGAAUUCCAUCCGGGAUCGGUCGUCUGAGCUGGGUUCCACGAAGGAGGAAAGUGGCAAGGAGGCGGAGAAGCUAGGUGGCAAGUCGAAGCGACUUCCCAACAAGCAGAAGCGUCUGGCCAAUGAGCUACGUCGGUUGAAUGCCACUAUCAUAGAUGCCGCUGCCAGGAAUACUGAUGCUAACAAGCCCUGCAUGAAGGAUCACUGCCAGAUGGGUUGCCUCUGCGCCAGCCUGGCAGGCACAGAGUUACCUCUGCGGGAUCAUUGUAGUAGGCCCGAAUGCGUUUUGGAGUGCGGCUGCCUGGGUACGGAUCAGGCUCGAGUCAUGCGCGUGGAAGCAGCUGAUGGUCACGGAAUCUCAAAUGAUGAGGCAUAUAACUUGCGCCGAAAGGCCACGGCCCGUCUUGCUAAAAUGGAGAAGGACUUUACCUCUACCUUGGUGCUCUGCGAUAAUGCGACGCUUCUAAUUAACGAGUCGCAGGGCGACAAAAAGCGUCGCUGCACCAAAGCCCCCAAGCGCUAUGAAGAUUUCGACGACACUGAUAUGUUUGAGGAGGAAGUCGAAGUGGUGUCGCCCACGUCGAAGAAGCAAAAGAAGUUGGCUGCCGCGGCAGCUGCUGCUGCGACUGCUGCUGCAGCCGCCGCUGCCAAUGCUAAAAUAACAUCACCUGUUCUCAAGGAACGCUGUACUGUCAACGACACGGAUCUGGCGCAACUGAAGCAUUGCUUUGUGGGUCUUCGCCGGCUGCAAGACAUUGACAACCUGGCAACCUUCUGUAUGACUCACCAGUUGUACAACUGCUUCUGCGGUGGUGACUCGCCUGACGGCAAGCCCGUGGUCAUCGAGAAGGAGCAGUGGAACACAACGGUGGCCCACUUUAAUCCGGAACUGGCCGUCAGAGCGCAUUAUAGCUUCGAGCGGCAAUCGGAGGAGUUGCCGGUGAAGAAGAAAGGCAAGGAGAAAAAAAUCAAGGGGAAGGUUGAGCUGAAGCCGGAGAACGAACCAGAGUCGGAUAAUCCCAAGCCUGACGUACCGGAGGUUAAGACUGAUACCAAAGAAGCCUUCAAACCGAAAGAAAAGGUCUCGGCACCCAACAACUUUGUGGCUGAAGUCAGCCCAGUACAACGUUCAGUCGAGUUGGACACUAUAUACAGCUACUUCCGGACGCGUCCACAUAUCUGCCGUAGAGCCAUAUCCGUGCCAAAGAACUCCUAUCAGCGUCUCAAUCAGCGCCGCUCGGAAAGGGUGCGUCAGUAUAUGGAACGCCAGGAGACGCCCCAAACUAAGGAGCUUCUCAGGGAGCGCAUUUCGAGCGCCAUUACGCAUUACCGGAGGGAAAUCGAAAAACAAAGGAAGCGGGAGUUGGGAAGGAAGCAAAGCGUCAACGCUGCCAUCAUUGAGGUGCGUGAUGAUUCCGAUGGCUGUGAGGUGAGCAGCCUGCUGCUAAAGAGAAGCGCCGUGAAUUCAACCAAUGUCCAGAAGCCUAGCAAGCGCAUGAAGCUCCAGGAAGAGGAUUUGCCGGCACCCGAGCCUGAAAGCCCGAGGACAUCGGACAUCCAGGUGCCCCGUAUCGCUGCCUGCUACUCGCUGAAUGCUGCCUCUGUUGACGUUUUGGGAUCUGGAAUGGCCAGCAAUGCAUCCGCUGUGGUCAUGUCUGUAAGUAAUGGCAAUGAAACUGAUUCGCCCAAGUUCCGAUCCUUCUAUAACGAGGUGGUGAAGAACAUGAACACCCUGGUCAGCAAGAAGAUGCAGGACAUUGACCUGGCCUUGCAGCGCGAAAGCAAAAUCAUUCCGGCCCCCAACGAGGAAAUUCUCUGCAUCAUCAAGUGGACCAACUUCCUGGCCGCCUUCGAGUCUGGCUUCGUCUAUAUCUGGGUGGUUCAGAUGAAGACGUACUCCUUUUUGGCGGCCACCACCACCAACCAGAUGCCCUCGGUGUGCGGAGCCAUUGGUGUUGUGAACACCCGGUUUGCCCCCGAUCAGCGAACAUUGCCUUUGAUGGCAGCGUUGCUGAUAGAGGGCAAGCGGAACAACAAUACCAACAGACUGGCCGUGGUCAUGCAGGGCAGGAAGAGCUAUUGGCUCGUCAAGGGCUUCCUGCGUCUUAUGGAGGGUAAUGCCUGCACCAAGCCAACGCCGCAGACGCAUCCGUUGCUCACCAAGAAGAUCAAUGUGCUUUGCUCACUACUUGUUAAGCAGCGCGUUCGGGAGCACCAGAAGAAAGUGCAGCAAGGAGGAGAAACGUCGUCGUCCACAUGCACGUCUCCAGUGCCCGAGGCUCAGGGGACGCCUAUCAAGCGCAAGCUGGAGAUUGCGGCCGAAGAAGAAGGUUCCUCAGAACAAGAGCCCCAGGGGGCUUUAGUAAUUGCCCCUAUAGCAACAUCAUCUUCAAUAGCUGUUGCUCCCAACCGCCCUACUCCGCCCGUUGCUCCGCCAUCGACCUCAAGAAAAACUAACAGUUUGGGCCAUACCAACAUUGAGUUCCGGAAGGUCACUCACAGUGAUGUGGACGAGCUGCAAAUACCGGAGCUGCACGACACCGACCAUCGCUGGGUGGUGCUUGACAUCUUUGAUGACUUCUCACACAUCUUUGUGCCCGCCUGUGGGGACAUGAUCUCCUUGACUCGGAUCCACACCGUGAUGCGAAUGUCCGCCGAGUCUCAAAAGGUGGUUCGUUUGCAGUUCUUCCCAAAUGCACCCUACGACGCCUUCGUCACGCCCUCCUCCAAGAAGAAGAUUUACUUUGGACCGCUCCACCUGGAUAUGCCGCCGCCGGUGCUUCUGCUGUUGCAGAGCGUCGACAGGAAGAUGAUGACGCGCGAGGCAUAUCAGAAAGAGCAUGACAUUCCCGUCCAGCGCCAUAGGCGUAGCAUGGCAUUUUGGGUGCUUCACCUAAACGGGCAGGUGCACUUCGAGAUCGAAGACGACUCAACGGCCAAGUUGGAGGCGACACAUGCGAUCAAGAUUCCCUCGACGCUGUCUGUAAAAAUAUCUAAUAAAAAGGAGCAGCCUAUAGCCGCUUUCCCGCCGGUGGUGAUCAUUGACAGCGAUGAGGAGGAUGACGAACAGUUUGAGGCGGACCAAACGGUAGACACCAAUGACAAAAUAAGAAAUCAACUAAAAGGUGUUACCCAGAUUAAACAGGAGCACGCGAGAACGAACUUCACCAUUCAGACAAUGCCCUUCAGCGGGGCCCUGCAGAUCACGGCCGCCGAGUCCGUUGCCCCACCGCCCAGCCCUCCAAAGGACGUGACCACCUGCCACCUAACUGGCGGUUUCAUGCCAUUUAUUUCCAAAAUACCUGCCAAAGAGGGUGAGCCGUCAGCCAGCAGCACCACCACACAAUAUCUGACGCCGCAAGUGCAGCUCACGAAGUCUGUGUCCGACGCUACCUUGCCCACAUCCAGUUCCUCGGCCCAUCCACCCGCUGCUAAGAUCAGUCGUACAUCGAUGCCGGCCUCUAGGAUCAACGAGUCACUGCAGGAGCUACUCAGCAGCGGCAAUACUGUGACACCUGGCGGAAUUACGAUCACAAAGUUGGAGAACAACGAAAUCCCCGUCAAGAUUGGCAGCAAGCGCACCGUUUGCGGAGUUCCCAAGCAGCCAGCACCGAAAGCAAUGCCGGCACCAUCGGUACUGAAAACCGUCUCUACAGGAACAUCUAUUCUCAGGAAGACAGGGACAACACCAAUGGCCAAGGCCACUCCGUCGGCUCAGCAGUCAAGGCAGCAGUCCUUAGGGACCGCCGCCGCUGCUGGGGGGCCAAGCCCAGGCGUGAAAAUAUAUCCCAGACCAAGUGUUACCGGGCAGCGUCAAUCUAUGCCCGGAAACGUCACUCCAAUGGCUAGGGCGGUGGGUCCGCGCCAAUCUCUUCCCACCAAACCAAAGGCUGCCAGUACAGUAUCUUAUCCGAAAUUGCCAGUAGCACCAGUAUCAUCACGGCUAUCGCUGCCAAACAGAAAAUUGUUGACCACCGGAGAACGCCAGACCCUGCCAGUAAAGUCUGUUGGCAAGCCGGCCGUUGGUGCAGUUCGUCCGGAUCAGGCAGAAGCCCCGUCUCCACCCAAGGCUACACCUACUCCUGCUCAGAAGAUUAAGUGCCCAGAAUGCUGCUACGGAGUCAUGGGGGCCAAGGGAUUGCCGCGCUACCGAGUUAAAGUAAUGGGCUCUGACGUUAUAGUCAAGAUACCCGAACUCGAAGUGGUGCAUUUCAAGUCAUUCAUGGCCGCCAGCGCUUUUCUCAAUCGCCACCUGGCGAAAAAUCCCGACUUCAAGGCACUGCUGCCUGGCGAUUGGAAGUUUCUGCCUCUAAAACAGAUUCGCAAUCCGCAACAACAGCAGGGGUCUUUGGUAAAGCAAUCGACUGAGGCGACUGAGUCUCAUGUGCCAUCUAAAAAUCAGCAAAACCCAGCCGCCAUCAUUAUCGAAGAUUGAAGCGAACAGGAGAGCUAUCCAUCAUCACUCGAAACCUUUAGUAUUUAAGCGACACACAUGUACACUCCCGUUAUCCGAAUACAUAUUAUAAAUAUGUACGCUGUUUAGUUUAAGAAACUAGGUUAGAACCAUCAAAUGCUCUUUUUUGAGUUCUGUUUAACAUUACGGAUUAGGUUUUUUAAAUACACAACUAUAUGAAAGUGUUUAUAAUGUA